CAUACUUAGGGUCCCGCCGCCGAGACCUUUUUGAUUCAAUAGUCAAUCGAUUUGUCCGAAAGUGCUUGUACAUACAUACAUAAUACAUACACAAAUAAAAUAUCAGUCGAGAGAGGGGGGAGAGGGUGAAUCCAUAUAAUAACAGGGCAUUCGAAUAGAUUCCGGAUUCCGGAAUAGAGAAUAUUCGACGUAGUAUAUUAAUUAAAGCUACGAAUAUAAAUGUAUAAAAGAGGACUGAUAAGAUUAAUACUCGGGAAAAAUUACAGUACGUUUCGUCAGCGAGACAUGAGCAUCAGUUGCGAAACACUGAACGGACCAGUAGAGAAUUCGAUCAGGGGAAAGCUGGAAGCUGCACUGAAACCCCUUCACUGCGACGUCAUCAACGAGUCCUACAUGCACAAUGUUCCCAAGAACUCUGAGACGCACUUUAAGGUAGUGGUUGUCUCGGAGAAAUUUGACAAGCAGCCGUUGAUCAAGCGACACCGAAUGAUAAACCAGUUGUUGCAAGCGGAACUGCAAGGAGGCGUACAUGCUCUAUCAAUUGUAGCGAAAACACCAGAGCAAUGGGAAACAAGUAAUACGGUGACUGCGAGUCCUGCUUGCAGAGGCGGUUUCGGAAAGUAAUAUCAUGUGAUAAUUUAACGAUUAAUUAUAUAAGGGUAAUAACUUAAGUAAUUGCGUAAAUAAUUUAUAUAGUAUAAGUGUCGCAUAAUAAACACAUAUUCCGCUGCGAUUUACAUAAAUAUUUUUUCUUUUAUUAAGUGAGAUCAUUAUGCAUGAAACGUCCUCUGUACACCAAACAAAGUCAGAUGAUGAAACUUUUCAAUUCGUAAAAUCGGAACAUAGAAUAUAACGAAGUCAAAUUAUUUAUAUCGUGAUACAGAUCAAACCAAUAAAAAAUUUAACAGUUCAGUACGUACCAUACGGUAAUUGAAAUGUGAUUUCAUCAAUCUUGACUUUAGGAUUCUUUUUCUCAUCUCAAAAUACAUUACCUGAAUUAUCUUCUCGACCGUUGUUACACUGAAUCCAUUGCAAGGUUUUGGUUCAACAAUAAAGUGGUGCAAAUUCGAUAUGAAAGAAGUGAGUUAUAAAUAAUUGGUGAAAUUCACUAUUCUCCUCCUUAUUGUUUCUCUGAACUUAUUUUGCCAUAUACUAAAAAUAUGAGAACUUUUGGAGUGCGCACGCACAUACGAAUAAGUGCAAGUAAAAAAUCUCAUAAUUUGCUUUUUUUUUUUCUUUAAUUGGGCCACGUAUUGUUGUGCCAAUCCCUGCAAUCGUAGCAAUUGCAUAAUGUAUAACUAAAACGACAAAAAUAAAAAGAUGCACUAAUGUCAUAAUA